AUGAUGCAUUUUUGUAACCUAAUUGAGGUGCUGUAUCUCCAUGUGAGAUGUACAUUGAAGCUUUGGGACAAAAUGAGGUGCUUGCGCAAACGAUCCGCUGUAUCCUUUCUAGGAGUCCUUGUCAUUUGCUUGUUGUUCUUGAACUUGUACAUUGAAGAUAGCUAUGUCUUGAAUGGAGAUAAGCAGUUAAUCAGAGAUACGGCAACACAUCAAUUAAAUUCAGAGCGGUAUGUUCACAGUUUUAAAGAUCUGUCCAACUUCUCAGGAUCAAUAAAUGUUUCCUAUCGCUAUCUGGCUGGUACACCUUUAAUAAGAAAAAGAUAUCUUACCAUUGGAUUAUCUUCAGUCAAACGGAAAAAAGGGAAUUAUUUGCUGGAGACAAUCAAGUCCAUAUUUGAGCAGUCAAGUUAUGAAGAACUGAAAGAAAUUGCUGUGGUAGUACAUCUGGCAGAAUUUGACUCCACCUGGUGUGAUAGCAUGGUUCAAGAUAUUUCACAGAAAUUUGCCCAUCAUGUAAUUGCUGGCAGAUUAAUGGUAAUCCAUACACCAGAAGAAUAUUAUCCAGUUUUGGAUGGGCUUAAGAGAAAUUACAAUGAUCCAGAAGACCGGGUGAAAUUUCGUUCCAAGCAAAAUGUUGACUAUGCAUUCUUGCUUAACUUUUGUGCUAACCUUUCUGAUUAUUAUGUAAUGUUAGAAGAUGAUGUUCGAUGUGCAAAAAACUUUUUGACUGUUAUUAAAAAAGUCAUAACUUCACGAGAGGGAACCUACUGGGUAACUUUAGAAUUUUCCAAGUUGGGUUACAUUGGGAAAUUGUAUCAUUCCCAUGAUCUCCCUCGCCUGGCUCAUUUUUUAUUGAUGUUCUACCAGGAAAUGCCUUGUGAUUGGUUGCUGAUACAUUUCCGUGGGCUGUUGGCUCAAAAGGAUGUCAUACGUUUCAAACCAUCCCUUUUUCAGCACAUGGGAUAUUACUCAUCUUACAAAGGAGCUGAAAAUAAAUUAAAAGAUGAUGACUUUGAAGAGGAUUCAUUUGACCUUCCAGAUAACCCUCCUGCCAACUUGCAUACCAAUAUGAAUGUAUUUGAGAAUUAUGAGGCGAGCAAGGCAUAUAGUAGUGUGGAUGAAUACUUCUGGGCGAAAGCACCCUCAACUGGAGAUUUUUAUGUCAUUGUCUUUGAUAGGCCUCUUAAAAUUAGCAGAAUCAAAAUUGUCACUGGUACUGAAGACCGACAAAAUGAUGUUUUGCAUCAUGGUGCUCUGGAAGUUGGGGAAAAAACUGUUGGGGGCAAAAAGGAAAGGCAAUGUACUACCUUCCUGAGACUAGGAGAAUUUAAAAAUGGAAAUUUGGAAAUCAUAGGUGUGGAGCACAAAGUUCUUUUUGAUAUUAACUGCAUGAGAAUACUUGUUACCAAAAGCCAAAAGGAAUGGUUGAUCAUUAGAAGCAUUAGCAUAUGGAUUUCACAGCUACCAAAUCAAUAAGGAAAAUCAACAGCAACAGAAUAUACCAUUGCCUAAAUCCAA